UCUGCACCUGCUCAUCACGGCCGUGCCGUUUUGCAUUUGUAUUUCAAGAAGUUAGAAAUGCGCGGCGACUCGGACAAUCUGCUUAAAAACGCGUUCAAGAGCGCAGAAGCUAUUUGGUAAGGAUUGCAAAUCUAAAAAAAAAAAAAAAAAAGCUCAAGAUGGCAAGAGCUAACGUGGUCGUUGAAUCGUUUUUCUUUUGAAAUGGCACGACUUGCUGACAUUCUUUAUAAAAGGAUGCUUCAAGCCAAGGAUGCCUUGAGUUUUGAGUGCUUCCAGUUGCUUCAGCGCUAGGUGUGGCGCGUACGUUUCUUAGGAAUACAAUUCAGCCUUAAAUCAAGGUAGCAUUCCACGGAGCUCGAACAAUGGAUGCGUUACUUUUGAGGAUGGCUCUGUUCUUACUGGGGAGUGGCGUUGUGCUGGCUAUUGGAAAUAACGCUGAAACCUGGACUUAUGUUAUUCAAAAUAACGAUAACAACAUCGCACGAAAUAAAGAACGUGAAACCGGUCCGGAGGGUGGAGAAGUGGCGCGUGGGUGGUACCGAACCAUUAGGAGAGUAAACGCCGAUGUGGACUAUGUAAGGAGGCAUGGGACAGUUGCGCCAUUCUGGCAGGCCAUCCGAAGUUUGGUGAACAACAUUAACGCAACCUCGCAUCGACUGAAAACGAUGGAAACUCGUGUAAUGAGCCGCUUUGGUGACGAGGUGGACGGAUCAUCAAAGUGCAUUGAAUCAGAGACGGUGAAUUCUCCUCCAGCGAGGCACCGCCAAGCAUCUUGCAAACGCAAGGACGAACAGUUGGAUUCUGCUAAGCCCGCUUCCUUGCUAACCCCAGGUGAUGGAAACGAUUCCUCAAAACCAAGUUCCCUGAGCAGGCUUGGGCGGCCUAACGGGAACCGCAGACUCAAAAGAUUUGCUGCCCGCCGACUGGAGGACACGUUUGAGUAUCGGAGAAGAAAGCGGGAGAUGAGAGAACAGGUUGACACCUUUCGAGGGUGGGUGGGGGAGGCGAUGCCUAGACCUCUGGCUUUUAACCAGUCCACGGAUUUACCUUUCCGCUUCACAACAAAAUACGAAUUAUUCACGUUUCCAGACGAGGAUCACUGGGAAACGACCACGAGGAUUCCUCCCAGCACGCUUGACAACGGACACAAGCCCAGUAACCCGUUUUAUCCAAUAAGGCGCGAAUCCUUCGGCGCCUAUGCGGUCGCGUGCCUUUCUGUCGUUAUUUUUUCCGUCGGCGUAAUCGGUAACAUAGCAACCAUAUGCGUCGUCUGUCACAAUUACCACAUGCGGAGCAUCUCGAACUCGCUCUUAGCCAACCUGGCGCUCUGGGACAUCGUGCUCCUGGUCUUCUGCCUGCCUCUGGUGGUAUACCAGGAGCUGACCAAGACCUGGCUGUUGGGGGAGGUCUCCUGCAAGGCUGUGCCUUACGUAGAGGUGGUGUCCCUGGGCGUGGCCACGUUCACGCUGUGUGCGCUGUGUGUGGAUCGGCUGCGCGGCGCCACCAACGUGCAGAUGCACUACGAGACGGUGGAGAACUGCGCCUCCACGGCCGCCAAGCUGGCGGUCAUCUGGAUCGGCGCGCUGCUCCUGGCGCUCCCGGAGCUGCUGAUCCACCAGCUGGUGCCGGAGGCCGGGGCGGGGCCCGGGGCGGGCGAGCGGGAGCGCUGCGAGGUGCGCAUCUCCCCCGACCUGCCGGACACGGUGUACGUGCUGGGCCUGACGUACGAGGGCGCGCGCCUGUGGUGGCACUUCGGCUGCUACUUCUGCCUGCCCACGCUGUUCACGGCGGCCGUGUCCCUGGAGACGGCGCGGCGCAUCCGGCGGGCGGAGAAGGCGGGCGUGCGCGGGAGCCGGGAGCGCGUGCGCGCCGAGAGGCAGAUGACCUGCGCGGUGGUGGCGCUGGCCGUGCUGUACGGCGUGUGCGUGAUCCCGGAGAACGCCCGGCACGCCGUCGCCGCCCACAUGGCCGCGCGCGUCCCCCGCCGCGCCGCCGACCUGCUCCGAUUGGCCAGCCAGCUGCUGCUCAUCGCGCGGGCCGCGGCCACGCCCGUGCUGCUGUUCUGCGUGAGCCGGCCGUUCGGCCGCGCCUUCCUGGAGUGCUGCUGCUGCUGCUGCCGCCGCCGGCCCCUCGCCGGCCCCCAGGGGCCCCACGCCGCCGCCGGGGACCCCGAGCGCUCCGGCGACCUGGAGCUGGAGCCCGCCGCCCGCGCCCACGCGCCCGCCAACUCCGCCGCUGCCACGGCAACCAGCUGCUGA